GACGUUCUUUACAAGCGAUCCAUUGGUUGUAUUGUUUGAUAACUUUUUUUCGCUUUUAUUACUUAUUAACCAAACAAUCGAUAUAUUUAUCAUAUUAUUUGUCACAAACUAACCGUCGGUUUGGUUCAGAUAUUAUUGAAGGUUAUAAGGGAUCAGUUGAAAGUGAUGGCAACAUUAAGACAGACACCGUUGACUUGCAGUGGACACACCCGACCGGUAGUCCACUUGCAGUUCAGUCCGAUCACUGCCAGCGGCUCUUAUAUGAUUUCUGCCUCUAAAGAUGGUAAGCCAAUGCUUCGCAAGGGAGAGACCGGUGACUGGAUCGGCACUUUCGAGGGACAUAAAGGAGCCGUAUGGGGAGUAGCGCUGUCCAGUGAUAUUCAACGUGCGGCCACCGGUGCCGCCGAUUUCUGUGCUAAAAUAUGGGACGCCGUUACCGGUCAAGAGUUGCAUACCUUAAGUCACGCACAUAUCGUUAAAACUGUUGAUUUCUCCAACGAUGACAAGUUUCUGGCGACCGGUAGUAACGAUAAAUUGAUUCGCAUCUAUGAUCUCAACAAAAUUGAUUCAGAUCCGAUGACAAUCAAUGGUCACACAUCAUCYAUACGUCAUGUUUUAUUUACCAAUAACUCACAAUUAUUGAUCAGCGCUUCCGAAGACAAAACCGUUCGUUUCUGGGAUAAGAAUACUAAAGAGGAGAUUAAGAAACUCGAGUUCAAUACCAUUCCGUAUAGUAUUGAAUUGUCAAGAGAUUCAAAAAUGUUAUCUAUUUGUUACGGAAAUAAUGUCAUGUUUUAUGACAUGGAAUCCAUGAGUCAGCUCAAGGAGUUUAAGAUACCGACACACGUUUUGUCGGCAACACUACAUCCCGAUAAAAGUGUAUUUGUUUGCGGCGGCGAAGACUUCAAAAUGUAUAAAUACGACUAUAAUAGUGGCAGUGAAUUAGAAUCAUUUAAAGGCCAUUUCGGUGGUGUCCAUUGUGUCCGUUUCUCGCCCGACGGAGAACUGUACGCGAGUGGCAGUGAAGACGGGACUCUUCGUCUUUGGCAAACAACUGUCGGCAAAACAUACGGUCUCUGGAAAUGUGUUAAUAACGAUGAAAAUGAUUUAAAUAAUGAAAAUAAUAUAAACAUUGAAAAUCAUAAUAUUUCUAAUAAUUAACUUUUGUUUCGUUAUUUGUAUUAAAAACAAAAUUUAAUAAAUUA